CCCGCCGCGUCGCCGCUGAGCGCAUGGGCCGCACCGCGCCGCGCCGCUCUGGGAGCCGGUCCCGGGGCCCCGCCGCCGCCGCCGCCGCCGCCGCCUCCGCCGCUCGGGACAGAUUGAUUCACUUUGGAGCUGUAAGUACUGAUGUAUUAGGGUGCAGCGCUCAUUGUUCAUUGACGCACAGAGUCCCAAAAUGAAUAUCCAAGAGCAGGGUUUCCCCUUGGACCUCGGAGGAAGUUUCACCGAAGAUGCCCCCCGACCCCCAGUGCCUGGUGAGGAGGGUGAACUGGUGUCCACGGACCCCAGGCCCAUCAGCCACAGCUUCUGCUCUGGGAAAGGUGCUGGGAUUAAAGGUGAGACUUCAACAGCCACUCCGAGGCGCUCAGAUCUGGACUUGGGGUACGAGCCUGAGGGCAGCGCUUCGCCCACCCCUCCGUACUUGAAGUGGGCCGAGUCGCUGCACUCCCUACUGGAUGAUCAAGAUGGGAUAAACCUGUUUAGGACUUUCCUGAAGCAGGAGGACUGUGCCGAUCUCCUGGACUUCUGGUUUGCCUGCAGCGGCUUCAGGAAACUGGAGCCCUGUGACUCGAAUGAGGAGAAGAGGCUGAAGCUGGCCAGAGCUAUCUACCGCAAGUACAUCCUCGAUAACAAUGGCAUUGUGUCCAGGCAGACCAAGCCAGCCACCAAGAGCUUCAUAAAGGACUGCAUCAUGAAGCAGCAGAUCGAUCCUGCCAUGUUUGACCAGGCCCAGACGGAAAUCCAGUCUACCAUGGAGGAGAACACCUACCCCUCAUUCCUCAAGUCCGAUAUUUAUUUGGAGUACACGAGGACAGGCUCGGAGAGCCCAAAGCUCUGCAGUGACCAGAGCUCCGGGUCGGGGACAGGGAAGGGAGUACCUGGAUACCUACCCACUUUGAACGAAGAUGAGGAAUGGAAAUGUGACCAAGACGUAGAUGAAGACGAUGGCAGAGACCCUGCUCCCCCCGGCAGGCUCACGCAGAAGCUGCUCCUGGAAACCGCCGCCCCGAGGGCCUCCUCAAGUAGACGGUACAGCGAAGGCAGAGAGUUCAGGUGAGUCCGACCCGAGGCCUCCGUUUCUGUGCUCACCUCCAAGACCUGGAGAACUAGCAGGGAAAGGUCUUGUCCUUCAGCCCCAAAGUGGGUGGACUCCUGGAGCUGGGGCAAGUUGUGGUUUUAGUCUUUACUCAUGAUGCCUUCACAUUUGUCAUUAGAUGUUUUUAAUGUUUGUAUUUUG